UCACUAGCGCUGCUAGUGGACAAUCAAACCCCCGCACCCUCCUCCAGACACACUCGCGUUUCUCAUUUCUUACUUCUAGUCUAAAUUAGACCGCGAGACGCAGGGACGGAGCUGGCGGAUCGCGCAGAAUUAGUUUGACAGCACCAGCGGCAGUUUAAAGGCAGCGAAACCCGCAAAUUCAACAUGGAGUCCCCUCCAGAUCCAGUGAGCGACCCGGGCAACAGCGCCUCGGAGCCGGCUACCCCGGUCAGGGAAACCCCGGUAAACCUGGAGACGCUCCGGAAGGCGGACCAGCCGGCCCCGGUUCGGAGGCAGACCUGCUCCAGCACCAACCGAGGUAUCUCCGUAACAAAGAAGACGCAUACUUCUCAAAUCGAAAUAAUUCCCUGCAAGAUCUGUGGAGACAAAUCAUCAGGCAUCCAUUACGGCGUGAUAACAUGUGAAGGCUGUAAGGGCUUCUUCAGGAGGAGUCAGCAGAGUAAUGCGGCCUACUCCUGCCCCCGUCAGAAGAACUGCCUGAUCGACCGCACCAGCCGCAACCGCUGCCAGCACUGCCGGCUGCAGAAGUGCCUGGCGGUGGGGAUGUCACGAGAUGCGGUGAAGUUCGGCCGCAUGUCGAAGAAGCAGCGGGACAGCCUGUACGCUGAGGUCCAGAAGCACCGGCUGCAGCAGCAGCAGCGGGACCACCAGCAGCAGCCCGGAGAGGCGGAGUCGCUCACGCCGACCUACGGCCUCUCAGCCAAUGGCCUCACCGAGCUCCACGACGACCUCAGCGGCUACAUGGACCGUCACACCCCUGAUGGCAGCAAACCGGACUCGGCGGUCAGCAGCUUCUACCUGGACAUCCAGCCGUCUCCUGACCAGUCAGGCCUGGACAUCAACGGCAUCAAGCCGGAGCCCAUCUGCAACUUUGACCCCGGUUCUGGCUUCUUCCCUUACUGCUCCUUCACCAACGGAGAAACCUCCCCCACCGUGUCCAUGGCUGAGCUAGAGCACCUGGCCCAGAACAUCUCCAAGUCACACAUGGAGACAUGUCAGUACCUGAGGGAGGAGCUGCAGCAGAUGACCUGGCAGGCCUUCCUGCAGGAGGAGGUGGAGAGCUACCAGAGCAAGCCCCGGGAAGUCAUGUGGCAGCUGUGCGCUAUCAAAAUAACAGAGGCCAUUCAGUAUGUGGUAGAGUUCGCAAAGCGCAUCGACGGCUUCAUGGAGCUGUGUCAGAACGAUCAGAUAGUGCUGCUGAAAGCAGGCUCUUUGGAAGUCGUGUUCGUCAGAAUGUGCCGUGCCUUUGACUCGCAAAACAACACCGUCUAUUUUGAUGGAAAGUAUGCCGGACCUGAUGUGUUCAAAUCAUUAGGCUGCGACGACCUGAUCAGCUCUGUCUUCGAGUUUGGAAAAAACUUGUGUUCUAUGCACCUGUCUGAGGAUGAGAUCGCCCUGUUCUCCGCCUUCGUGUUGAUGUCUGCUGACCGGUCUUGGCUACAGGAGAAGGUGAAGGUGGAAAAACUCCAACAGAAGAUUCAGCUGGCCCUCCAGCACGUCCUGCAGAAGAACCACAGAGAGGAUGGUAUACUUACAAAGUUGAUAUGCAAAGUGUCGACGCUGCGAGCGCUGUGCAGUAGGCAUACAGAGAAGCUUACGGCUUUCAAAGCAAUAUAUCCAGACAUUGUGCGUUCCCACUUCCCCCUAUACAAGGAGCUGUUUGGAUCAGACUUUGAGCAGUCCAUGCCCGUUGACGGGUAGCAGCCCUGCCAGGUGCCACUGUGCCCACCGUAGGGGAAUGUGGAGGAGGAAUCUGAGACACUUUAUUGGUGCCCUGCACAAAACCAGAGCGGACAGAUGGCACGCUGUUCAACUUCUUCUUUUA